GAAACAGUCCAUUUUAAAUGAGCCUUGGCCCACAGGACACAACGGCGCUUCUGGACCAUGUUCACAUAUGGCUUCCUUUUUGCAUGAUAGAACUUUAGUUGGCAUCUGCAGAUGGCACGGUGGAUUGUGUUUACCGACAGUGGUUUCUGGAAGUAUUCCUGGGCCCAUUUAGUAAUGUCAAUGACAGAAUCAUGCCGAUGAGUAAUGCAGUGUCGUCUGAGGUCCCGAAGACCACGGGCAUCCAACAAAGGUCUUCAGCCUUUUCCCUUACGCACAGAGAUUUCUCCUGUUUCUCUGAAUCAUUUGAUGAUGUUAUGCACUGUAGAUGAUGAGAUUUGCAAAGCCUUUGCAAUUUGACGUUGAGGAACAUUGUUUUUAAAGUAUUCCACAAUCUUUUUACGCACUCUUUCACAGAUUGGAGAGCCUCUGCCCAUCUUUACUUCUGAGAGACUCUGCCUCUCUAAGACAUCCCUUUUAUAGCUAAUCAUGUUACAGACCUGAUGUCAAUUAACUUAAUUAGUCGCUAGAUGUUCUCCCAGCUGAAUCUUUUCAAAAUGUCUUUUUCAGCCCUUUGUUGCCCCCGUGCCAACUUUUUUGAGACCUGUGGCAGGCAUCAAAUUUGAAAUGAGCUCAUUUAGUGGAUAAAAGUGUAAAAUUUCUCUGUUCAAACAUUUAUGUUCUCUAUGUUCUAUUAUGAAUAAAAUAUUGGCUCAUGGGAUUUGAAAGUCUUUUAGUUUUCAUUUUAUUCAAAUUUAAAAAACAUCCCAACAUUUCCGGAAUUCGGGUUGUAUUAGCAUGCAUAUUACUAGCAUAUUGACUGUUUAUUAGUAUUUAUAAAUCACAUAUUAAUACCUUAUUCUGCAUGACCAUCCCUCUUACUCCAUACCUAAAAUUACAACUACCUUACUAACUAUUAAUAAGAGUCAAAUUAGGAGUUUAUUGAGGCAAAAGUUGUAGUUAUUAAUAGUGAGAAUUGGUCCCCAAUUAUACUUAUAAUUCUUUAUAUUUAUUCUAUACAAUAAAUUCAGUUUGAGACAGUCUGCCAUGCUUCUAAACUGCUCUGGGUUAAAGCAGGUGUUUAUUUGUGUGUAGGUGCGGAUGUGGGAACAGUGAUGCAGGUUCUGCUACAUGUACUGUGUGUAACUGGGUGCCAGUGGAGAGAGCAGAGAGGGUGAGAGAGGUGUCAUCCACACACCGCCUCAGAUGAGAGCAGAGGUGUGAUGCUUGUGUAGACGUGAGAAUGACUGGGUCACUGGAAUGAACAUCAUUGGACACUCUGACCCUGAGCAAAGGUCAACCUUAUUAUGGAAGAUCAUAAGCAUUAUAAUAAUGUCAUUGACCUUUGUCAGGGUCACACUAUAUUUACAUUUUGACAGGAGUGAUUUGCACUGUAGUUCAUCAACAUGCCAAUUGUUAAGCUGAGAAAUCAUCUUCCCAAAGAAACUUUCAGUAGACAAACACUCCAUGAAACAGUUUUGAAAGUUGUGAGUUUUGAAAAUUAUGCGAUCUAACGUUAUACAGUAUUGUGAAGACUGUAGUCUAUCCUUCACAGCCUGGUUUUCAUUAACAUAAAGUUCAAUAUGGCAUCUGCCCUGACUAAAGUCUAUGAUAAUCUAAUAAUGUCAUCCAGGUUCUGAAUCAAAUGUGCAAUUUCUCUGAGAUGUUUAACUUAUAAUGACUUUUUGCACACAAAAGAAGAAAUUAUUUUUAAAAAUGAACAUUCAUUCAUCAUUCACCAUAAUUAUCCCCAUAAUUAUCACUAUUUUGUUCUUUCCGUGGAACACAAAAGUAAAUGUUCUGAAGAAUGUUCUUAUUGCUCUUUCUCAUACAAUGAACAUACAUUGUAACCAUUCCAAAAAGAAUGAAAAAAGUAUUAUAAAACUACCAUAAAUUUAAUCCAUAUAACUUGCAUUAUAUAUUCCAAAAUCCCCUGAAGGUUUUUGUGAGGAACACACAGAAUUUCAGUUGUUCUUUGUGAGAUUCCAGUUAACUCUUAACCUCAUUAUUGUGGCUUUAAAGUUAAAAGUAUUGCUUGCACAUCUGUGUUUUGACACACAUAAAACUAGUGAUCUUUGAUGUCAUUGUUGGCACCAUGUAUGAAUAUCUGUAGUCACCAGCAUUUUUGAGUGAACCAUUCUCUCACUGCAGCUGGCUAAAACACAAAUAAAUAAAAACUAUAAAACAUAAAAUAAUCAUUACAAACAUUAUCUGACAAAAAAAAUAAAUAAAUAAAUAAAAUAAUUAAUUAAAAUAAAACAUUAGGUUGAAUGAUUGUGUUCAUAUGGUUCAAAAGGAUCCUAAAAACAAAGGAUUUCAGCAGUUAAUCAUUUUGAGCAGACGGACUGCCCCCUAUUGGAGAUUUUUCUAAUUACAUUAACUUCAUUCACUGUGGCUUUCAUUAAGCUUCAGGCCUCUGUCAUUCUACUGUUAAAUGAAUGAUGAAUGUGCAUCAGUGAGGUUCAGAGUUGAGAGGUGAGAAUGUUGGUGCUGAUGUGGGAACACUGAUGCUGGUCCUGGAACAUGGACGGAGCAGAAGAGAGGGUGAGAGAAGUGUGCUCAUGAGGUGUGAGUGCUGGUGUCAGCCUCAGAUGAGAGCAGAGGUGUGAUGCUUGUGUAGACGUGAGAAUGACUGGGUCACUGGAAUGAACAUCGCUGGACACUCUGACCCUGAGAAAAGGUCAGCUGUACCAUGAGAUAUUUGAUAACAUCGAUUUAAAAAUGCUAACUGUUUUACUGUGAGUUUUCUGAAUUAGUACAUUUAUUAGAUUAGAUAUAGUUUUGCAUUUAUGUUGAGUCAAUUAAACAGACCCAUUCAAAUUUGUUUAAGCGUGAAAAGGUAAUUUACCUAAUUUUAUUCACAGGAUGUUGGUAACAUUUGUUAAACACUCUAAAUUGGACUUUUUCACUUCACUAGUCAGAUGACAGGAGACAUGCAUCAGUAGAUGGUGUGUAAGUUUGCCCCUCCGUGUUGUUGCAAAAACCUCACGGUACCAGAUUUCUCACCCUCACGCUGGGGCGCACUGUUUAUACAACUGGAGAAGUCUUCACACCAAAAUGUCCAUAGCAGUCUCUAUCCCCAUCAUUUGGCAAACAGCACCAAACCCCCUCUUAAAACAACCUCGGAUCAUUUGGCAUCGGCACCAUCGUCCAGCCCCGCCCCUGCAGCUCCAGCUCCAUAAAACCCCCGAGAGCGACUCUCCUUCAUUCAUUCGCUUCCCUCCGGAGGAUAACGACUCAUCCAAGGCGUCCAUCGCUCGGCGAUCUUCCAAAACAGGACUACUUGGGAAUAUCGCCCAGCAAAAAAAGAGAAAUGAAUUCUGUGUGCGUCUCCGCUCCACUUUACAAUACAAUGAAGACUGACAUCCAGCAGUCUAGCAGCCCAGCUUCCCUGUGGAGACCGUGGCUCAUGACAAGAAAGGAUGCACAAACUGAAUGCCGGAGAACCAAGUUGGCUUGUCCUUACUCCAGGCCAGAAGUGCCCAGUAACACUACAACAGAUGGCAAAAUGCAGUCUUUCCAGCACCCUGUCAGGCUGUAUUGGCCCAGAUCGAAAUCCUAUGACUACCUCUUCAGCGAUGGCGAGGCCCUGCUCAGAAAUUUCCCAGUGCAGGCCACCAUAAACUUCUAUGAUGAGUCAGACAGCGAGGAAGAGGAGGACAGCUGUGAUGAAGAUGACGACAGCGACGCUGAGGAGUGUCUUAAACUUAACAGUCACUUCACCAGUUACAACUGAAUGUUCAUCCUCACCCGUUUUUGCAGUGACUUUACGCUGAGGAAAAGAUCAUAAAUUUAACAUCAACACUGGAUAAUGUCGCAUCGUGCACUAUUAGAGAAGUCAUGCCAUCAAUAAUUCAGUGCAUGGACAUGGUGUUUCUUAUGAGCAUCUAGAGCACAACCAGAGUGAUUUUACUGAUUGUUUUAUGCAGGAAACAUCAAAUACAUGAAUGCAGAUUCAGAUAUGUCUUGCAUAAAAGUAAUUCCUGUUAAACACAGUGAAAAUGCAAUCCCACAUUGGGAAAUGUUUUUUUCAGAGCAAUCUCAGGGUUCUUAUCUUCUUUUGUAUAUAAAAUUUUAUUUGUAUUCUAUUACCCAUCCCUAAUUUAAUAAUAUGAUUUGUGUAUAUAUAUAUAUAUAUAUGUAUUUAUGGCAUAUUUUUUUUACUUUUGUACUUUUGAUUUAAAAUAAAAUCUAUAUUUA